AUCCAAAAUUAUUUGCCACACAUACUAAGGGAACACGGUUUAGCAUGGUGCGCCAUGGCGGUGGGUGGUGGCAAUUAAGACAUCCACGUGCUUGAAAAAAAUUGAAUAACUUUUAAUCUCAAAGAGAAAGUACUGGUUUUUGUUGUAUUACAUUGAGGUAAUAACAAGUAUACUUAGGUCUUUAAUAUCUUUUGCCUCUCCAUGCUAGGAUGGCGAGUGUCAUUAUGCACUCCUCACAUCCAGGUCACCAAUUAAGAAAGACCAAGCUCAAACGUCCAUUUACUUGCAAUAUAUGCACCCAGUCUGGUACAAUCACUUGUUAUCGUUGUAAGUCGUGUGAUUUCAGCAUCCAUGUGAAUUGUGCACAAGCAUCAGUAGAAGGGGAUCCAAAUUUACAAGAUGGGCCACCUGUAGAGAUGCCUAAAUGUGGACGACCAAGAGAGCUUGGAAAGGAGAGCAAAAUGAGUAAGGACGUGGGAGUUCAAGGACCACCGAAAGAAAAGGUAGCCCCUCGGAAAAAAAAGGUUGGGGCUCCCAAUCCAUCCCUCCAAAAAGCAAGAGUUAUAGGUUCCUCGGAAAAAAGAGUCGCGGCUUUGUGUCCUCCAAGAAAAAAGAAAGCAGAUCCUAUUGACUUGCCAAAAGGAAGCUCACAAAUUAAAGCAUUUUCUAUAACAAAUGCUAGGACAACCAAAGACUUAGAAAUUAAACAAACAACAUUAGCAAAUGCCAAAAAGACUGAAGACUUAUGUAUUAAAGGAUUAGAAGUAGCACAUGCUAUAGAUAUUCCAAAGAAAAAGUUGAGAGUUCAAGGCCAUGUGAAAAAAAAGGCAGGAGUUUCCUCGAAAAUAAAGGUGGAGGUUUCAUGUGCCCCAAAGGAAAAAAUAGGUGCUUCUAAUGUCCUGACAAAAGGAGACUCACAUAUUAAAGGUUCAACACUACCAAAUAUUGGAAUGACUAAAGACUCACAUAAAAAAAGAGCGAAUGUUGUUAUGGCUGGAGACUCACAAAAUAAAGGAUCAAAAGAAACAAAUGUUUCAUGCCCCUUGAAAGAAAAAGUGGGAGUUACAAGUCCGCUCCAAAAAAAAGGUGGGAGUUGUGUAGAUCCACCAAAAAGUAAAAUGGAAGCUUCAUGUGCUCCAACACAUAAAAGGGAAGUACUUAAUGACCAAACAAAGGAUAGCUCACAUAUUAAAGGAUUAUCAUUAGCAAAUGUUGAGAUAAAAGAAGACUCACAUAUUAAAGGAUCAACAACAACAAAUGUUACAAUCCCCUCAAAGAAAAAAUUGGGAAUUUCAAACCCCCCUCAGAAAAAGGAGGUUUCUCGUUCUGCAAGGAAAAGGAUAGAAGAUUCUACCGAUCUUACAAAAGAAGACGUAGAGGAUAAAGAAUCAAAAAUAAAAAAUAUUGGGAUAACCAGAGGCUCACAUGUUAAAGACCCAACAACACCAAAUGUUAGGAAUACUAGUGGUUUAAAGAGUACAAAAUCAACAGCAACAAAUGUUAGGAUGAAUAAAGGCUCACAGAGUGUGCCGGCGAAUAUCAAGGUGCCUGGGGGUUCACAAACUGAAGGAUUAGCAACAACAAAUAUUGGGAUGACUGAAGACACACAAAUUAAAGAAUCAACAGUAAAAAAUAUUGGGGCAAAAGUUCUUAUGCAACCCAAAGAAGCUGAAGCACAAGGUAAAAUGGAUGUUGGGACUAGGAGUGAUUCUUGGCAAGGGCUAGUGCCAACUAAAAAGACAGGAUUGGUAGGUGCAGCGAUGCUUGGUGCAGGAAUGUUGGGUGGUGGAGCAAUUAUAAGCCAAGUGGCAAUGAAUAUGAAUGAAAAGAAUGAAACCAAAGUUGGAUUGGAAGAAGAUAAGAAGUGCGAAGUUGAAGAAGAGCAAGAGGGGGUUGAAGAGGAGGAGUUUGUAGGGGACGGUGAGAAAGAUGAAGCCAAGAAGAACCCAAGGGUUAAAUAUGAAGAUGGGAAGGAGUACGUGGUCGAUGAUGAGGAAGAUGAAGACGAGCAGAACCAAGAAGUUAAAUAUGAAGGAGAAGAUGGGGAGGAGGACAUGAUUGAGGAUGAGGAGGAAGAUGAAGCUAAGCAGAACCGAAGGGCUAAAUAUGAAGAAGAUGGGGAGGAGGAGGAGGACGUGGUAGAAGAAGAAGAAGAAGAAGAAGAAGAAGAAGAAGAAGAAGAAGAAGAAGAAGAAGAAGAAGAAGAAGAAGAAGAAGAAGAAGAAGAAGAAGAGAUGGAGGAGUAUGAUAAUAAGGAAGACAAUGAACAAGUUCUCGAAGUGGGGGUUGAGGAGGAGGAUGGAGUGGAUGAUGAUGAUAAUGAGGAAUAUGAAGAAGAAGAAGAGCAGGGGGAGACGGUCGAAGAGGAUGAAGAAGAGGAUAAUUUUGAGGAAGAUGAAGAUGAGCAGUUGAAGGAGGCCGAAGAUGAUGAUGAGGAAGAAGAUAACGAAGAAGAAUAUCUUAAUGUGAAGGUCGAGGAGGAGGAGGAGGAAGAGGAGGAGGAGGAGGAGGAGGAGGGAAUGGAUGAGGAUGGUAGUGAGGAAGAUGAAGACGAAGAAGAGCGGGAGGAGGGGGUUGAGGUAGUGGAUGAGGAUGACGGUAACGAAGAUGAAGAAGAACAAGGGGAUGGGUUAAUAGAUGGUGAAGAGGAGGAUAAAUUGGAGGAAGAUGAAGGUGAGCAAUUAAACGAGACCAAAGAUGAGGAUGAGGAGGAGGAAGAACAAGAACAUGAGGUUGAAGACAAAGAAGAAGAGAUGGAGGAGGAUGGUGAGGAAGAGAGGGAAAACGGAGAUGAAGAAGUGGAGGAAGAGAAUAAUACGAAGAAGAAAAACAAAAAUGAGGUUUACGAAUGAGUGUGCGUACUAUACUCAUACUAAAUUGUUGUGAUGCUCUACGUUUUCAAGACGCGUUGUGAAGUUAGCAGGAGAUAAUAAUUGUCAACUUUGUGUUUACUUAUGGAUAAGUUUGGUUGUAUUGGUUUCUUUAAUUUCUAGUUAUGACUAAGUGUACUUCAAUCCAUCAUGCAUCAUGUAGUGCUAUGGAUUUUUGGUAGAAUCUUAAUGCCAUUUACUUUAUUUUCAAGUUAUGUAAUGGAUUUCUAAAUUUCUUAUGACGUGUAAUUCACAAGUGUGAUUGUAUAAACGUAAGAAUUUCUUAAAAAUGCAUGUGGCCCUGGUAGCAAUGGUACAUAUGAUGUAUUUUCUAACUCUGUAAUUUUUACACAUGUAA